AAAUGGCCUCCACCUUCAACCCCCGCGAAUGCAAGCUGUCUAAACAGGAAGGGCAAAGCUAUGGCUUCUCCCUGCGAAUUGAGAAGGACACUGAUGGCCACCUGGUCCGGGUGGUUGAGAAGGGUAGCCCAGCAGAGAAGGCAGGUCUCCAGGAUGGAGAUAGAGUUCUUAGGAUCAAUGGUGUCUUUGUGGACAAGAAAGAGCAUACGCAGGUUGUGGAUCUGGUCAGAAAAAGUGGCAAUUCAGUGAUUUUACUGGUCCUGGAUGGGGAUUCUUAUGAGAAAGCUAUGAAAAAACAAGUAGAUUUGAAAGAGUUGGGUCAAAGUCAGGAGUCGAGUUUGAAUGAUAAGAAGCUGCCCUCUGUAAUGAAUGGAGGAGCACAGACUUGGACACAGCCACGGCUCUGCUACCUGGUGAAGGAGGGGAGUAGCUAUGGCUUCUCUCUGAAAACUGUCCAAGGUAAAAAGGGAGUGUGCAUGAUUGAUAUAAAACCUCAAGGUGUGGCUAUGAAAGCCGGAGUCCUGGCAGAUGAUCACUUGAUUGAAGUGAAUGGAGAGAAUGUAGAGGAGGCCACCCAUGAGGAGGUGGUUGAAAAGGUGAAGAAGUCCGGAAGCCGCGUCAUGUUUCUGCUGGUGGACAAGGAAACUGACAAGCACCAUAGUGAGCAGAAGAUAAAAUUCAAGAGAGAAACAGCCAGUUUGAAACUGCUACCCCACCAUCCCCGGGUUGUGGAGAUGAAGAAGGGAAGCAAUGGCUAUGGUUUCUAUCUGAGGGCAGGCCCAGAACAGAAAGGUCAAAUCGUUAAGGACAUAGAUUCCGGAAGUCCGGCAGAGAAGGCUGGCUUGAAGAACAAUGACCUGGUGGUUGCUGUCAACGGCGAGUCUGUGGAGUCCCUCGAUCAUGACAGUGUGGUGGAAAUGAUUAAAAAGGGUGGAGACCAGACUUCACUGUUGGUGGUGGACAAAGAGACGGAAAACAUAUAUAAACUGGCUGGCUUUUCUCCAUUACUCUACUAUCAAAAUCAAGAACUGCCUAAUGGGUCUGUCAAGGAGGCUCCAGUUCCUACUCCUGCCCCUCUGGAGGUCUCAAGCCCAGAUACUACAGAGGAAGUAGCAGGUCAUAAGCCUAAACUCUGCAGGCUGGUCAAGGGUGAAGAUGGCUAUGGCUUUCACUUAAAUGCGAUUCGGGGUCAGCCAGGCUCAUUCGUCAAAGAGGUACAGAAGGGUGGCCCUGCUGACCUGGCUGGGCUAGAGGAUGAGGAUGUCAUCAUUGAAGUGAAUGGAGUGAACGUACUGGAUGAGCCCUAUGAGAAGGUGGUGGACAGAAUCCAGAGCAGUGGCAAGAAUGUCAUACUCUUAGUCUGUGGAAAGAAGGCCUAUGAUUAUUUCCAGGCUAAGAAAAUCCCUAUCGUUUCCUCCAUGGCUAAUCCACUGGAUGACACCCCUGAUCCUGAAGAAGGAACGCCAGAGGAAGCAGAGCAAGACUCGCACACGGCAAAAGAACGAGCCCACAGUACAGCCUCUCAUUCUUCUUCCAAUUCUGAAGAUACAGAGAUGUGAUGAGAACAAGCAAUAGCUUUGGCUGAUAGCUGUUUCUGGGUAUUUAAUAGGAAUCCUUUCCUAAGGAAUGAGCUACCACCGGUUUACUGUCUCUGUUAGAGAAGAACUCCUCUGGAAACCAGUUUGUCAAUGUGUGAUUGUCUUCUGUUGUCAUCUGUUUUAGGGGUGGCUACUGCAGAUAGCUUAUUUAUGGUCAACUUAGGAAAAGUCAAGGCAGAAGCCAGAUGCUUUUCAUUUGAUUUCUUUCAAGCUUCAACUUAACUACAUUUCUCUGUAUGCUGUUAUCUCUUCUGUAGGUUCCUAGAGCACCAAAGAUGAUUUAUAAAUUUGUAUGUGUGAGAACUGCUAAUUAAAGUACCUGAGCAGAUAAGCCUAUAAAAAUUAUCCUUUGUAAGAAUGUUGUUGUUGCUAAAAUAAAUGCCAUUAAAAAUGC